UGUGAAAUUCAAAGAAGAUUACUUUGGGUUGACUUGACUGUAAUUGUCUGAAAUCAGUCGCGUCGUCGUCGCCUCAGACCAACCCUUACUUCCCUCUCAUCUCAUCUCUUAUUUUUAUUCAGAGCAUAUGAACGCUAUUUUCUCGGAUUGAAUUUUCCUUUCUGCACAUGUAUACAUCGCACGCCGAGAGCUCGCCAUUUCGUGGAUGCUAAUUUCUCCACUGGAUAUUCAAGCUCUCUGCUCCAAUCCACGCCGAUCAUACGAUUAACACGGAAUUCAGAUAAAAGUGCUUAGAAAUUAGAGAGAAUUAUAACAGCUAGCAACACCUACACCUAAUCCGAAUAAUCAAUGGCAAUGGCAAUGGCAAUGGCAUUUCUUCGUGAUGUGGUGGUUGUGUUAGUAGUAUCAUUGGCUGUGCAAGCAGAGGCCCAGCAAAGCUACGUAAACAACAAGCAGCUCAACUGCGAACAAAGCCCCAACACCACUCUAGGAUUCGUGUGCAACGCCGCCACCUCGUGCACCGCCUACCUCACCUUCCGAUCCACCCCCACCUACAACACCCCCGUAACCAUCGCCUACCUCCUCUCCGCCAACGCCUCCCAGAUCGCCACCGCCAACAACAUAUCCGACCUCACCCCUCUCCCCACCGACAGCCUCCUCAUCGUCCCCGUCCCCUGUUCCUGCUCCUCCAGUUACUACCAGCACAACGCCUCCUACACCCUCAAAUCCCGGGACGAGACCUACUUCUAUGUCGCCAACAACACCUACCAGUCCCUCUCCACCUGCCAAGCCCUCAUGGCGCAGAACCCCUACGAUCUCCACCACCUCCUCCCCAAAAUGACGCUCGCCGUCCCCCUCCGCUGCGCCUGCCCCACUCCCUCCCAGACCGCCGCCGGCUUCACGUCCCUCCUCACCUACCUCCUCCGUCAGGGGGAGGACGCCAACUCCAUUGCUGCCAAGUUUGCAGACGCUGGAGCCGACGUCCCCGCCAUCAUGAAUGCUAACAUGCUCAACCAAACCUCAACCAUCUUCUACUUCACUCCACUCCUCGUCCCUCUCAAAACCGAGCCAACUCUCCAAAACACCAACACCAACACCACCCCUACCCCCUCCCCUCCACAGCCUCUCCCCCCAACCAACCCUGACUCUUCCCACAAGUGGAUUUUCAUCGGUGUGGGAAUUGGGGCUGCUCUUUUGGUAAUCCUUUCCGUGAUCGCUCUAGUUUGGUUAUUUCGCCAUCGCCGCCGCAGCCACAAAUCCUCCAAUCCUCUGCCUACAGAGGAGGCGCCGCUGCCAUUGUCAGAGUUAUCCCAAGGCAUCCGGAGCGCAAUGGAAACUCUGAGCUUAUAUAAACUGGAGGAAUUGGAGAUUGCCACGAACUCCUUUGCAGAAUCCAACAGAAUUGCAGGAAGCUCAGUGUACCAUGGCUGGUUCAACGGCAAUGAGGCCGUGGUGAAGGUAAUAAAAGAAGACGUCUCGGGCGAGAUCAAUACGCUGAGACAGAUAAACCAUUCCCGCAUCAUCAGGCUGUCGGGCUUCUGCCUUCACCAGGGCACCACCUAUCUCGUCUACGAGUACGCCCACAACGGCUCUCUCAAGGAUUGGCUGCACAAGCCUCGCCUUGAUUGGAAACAACGGCUCCAGAUAGCCUACGACGUGGCCGAUGCCUUGAAUUACCUCCACAACUUCACCAACCCUCCUUACAUCCACAAGAAUCUCACCACCGCCAACAUCCUCCUCGACUCCAACAUGCGUGCCAAGCUUGCCAAUUUCCGCCUGGCCAGGGCCUUGGAAUUCGACAAGGUCACCACCAGACAUGUGGUGGGCGCGCAGGGAUACAUGGCGCCCGAGUACAUAGAGACAGGCCUCCUCACUCCCAAACUCGAUGUCUUCUCCUUUGGGGUGGUCAUGCUGGAGCUCCUAUCCGGGAGGGAGGCCGCUGCAGAUAAGUUGCACGAGAGCAUAGGCCUGGUGUUGAGCGGAGACAAUGUGAGGGACAAGCUGCAAGGAUUCAUGGAUCCCAAUCUCGACUACCCCUUGGAGCUUGCCUACUCCGUGGCUCAGUUUGCUCACAGCUGCGUAGCUCACAAUCUGGAUGUGCGGCCCCCCAUCUCGGAAGUCUUGCUGGCUCUCUCCGCUCUGCUCUCCUCAUCCACCGACUGGGAGGAGGAUACGUCCCUCACCUUCACCGACUAGCUAUCUAUCUCUAGUUUGUACUACAUCACAAUACAGUAAAGGAAUCAAAGACACAAUUAAAGAAAAUGGAUUUGGUGUUUUUUUGGCUAUAAUUCCUUGUGGAUUAGAUAUCGAAAUGAUGAAGCCUGUUCCAACCAAUACACAUACUUUUCCAAACGCAAUACUUCAACUUCUGUUAUCUUCUGUGAUCCUUGGGAGAUGCUGCUGAAAAGACGUCCGGUAGAGUGAAAGAAGACGACGUUCGAAACGCAAUAUUUGAACUUCAAGUGUGGCAAUCUCUCUCACCAGUUCGGCGGAAGGAUGCAGAUAACAAUCAACAUGCAACCAAUAUAUAAGUCUACAUAAAGUUUCAAAGCUGAACUGCUGAAAAGGGCAUGCUUAUUUUUGCAUCCUAAUUCAAGGAAUUGCUGCAUAUAGGUUCUUGUCAUUCCUUUUUGAGCUAAAAACACUGGAAGAAUUUUUACUUCAAGAAGUGCAAUUCUGUAAAAGAGAAGAAAGCUUGAUUCAACAUUACAAGUAGAAAGUAGAAUUCACGAAGUAAAGCAUAGAUGUUGAAUGAGGAGAUCGAAUCAAGUUUACAUGUCUUGUGAAGAGAUGUUUUCUCCCCAAAGGUGUAGCCUUGUAUUUACAAAGCAAACUUGAAUUAGAUAAGAUAGGCAUCCCAACUCAUAUCAACUCUAACAGAGUGCAUAAAAUUAUAUGGGAGGAUGUAAAAGAACGUGUCAUGAUUUUUUAAAAUUAUAUGGGAGUACUAUAUCUUUUUAUUUGCUAUGUAUUUCAUUUUUAGCUUUUAAUUUCUUUA